AACUCGAUUAUAUAGUAAGUGGUUUGAUUACACAAAGGGAAAGUGUGGAUUUAUGACCACCAUUCACACCAUUAGCUAAAGUCAUAAUAACUAAGCAACUUUUUCUUGUUCUGUCAAACCCCACCAUUCUUGACUAUAUAGAACUAAAUAAAUAAAUACACAUACCUUCCCCCAGCCCCCCCGAUUUUCAAUUCUUCUCUGUUCUUCACAAAAGAGAAGUAAGAAUCUCGUUUUCUCAUCAUCUCCCAAGCAAUCAAUUCAGCUGCUGCCUGCUGGUUUCUCUCCAUCCUCCCUUUCCUCUCCGUAACCGAUCGCCGCCAUGGCUCAGCAGAAACUGGUGCUGAAGGUGUUGACGAUGACCGACGAGAAGACGAAGCAGAAGGCGAUCGAGGCCGCCGCUGAUAUCUUCGGGGUGGAUUCGAUAGCGGCGGAUACGAAGGAGCAGAAGCUGACGGUGAUCGGUUUGAUGGACACGGUGGCGGUGGUGAAGAAGCUGAAGAAAGUGGGGAAAGUGGACAUCGUCUCCGUCGGUCCCGCCAAGGAAGAGAAGAAGGAAGAAAAGAAGGACGGUGGCGGCGAGCCCAAGAAGGACGACAAAAAAGAUGACAAGAAAUAAAAAAAUUAUUAAUUUUUACAAAGAAAUCCCCGAUAUUCCGGUGAUUAUUAUUAUCAUUGUGAGACAGUUAAUAAGGUGUCUGUGUGUUUCCGGCGAUGAAAAAUUUCUGGGCCGGUCGUCGAUUUUGUGGAGAGAAAUUAAAGUGCGGCGGCGAUGAUACCAUUGACUUUACUUUUCCAGCUCAAUUUUCCUG